AUGCCCAUUGUAAAAUACCCCAGGGCUACAGAGCCGCUCUGGCGUGAAUGGGACAGGAAAGCACAGAAAUGUGGAUUAAGACACACAAUCUAUGCUGUAAAUGGGGAUCAGUAUACUGGAGAAUGGCUGGACAACUUGAAACACGGUAAAGGCACCCAGAUAUGGAAACGCACCGGAGCUAUUUAUAGUGGUGACUGGAAGUUUGGGAAACGGGAUGGUUACGGCUCAUACAGCAUUCCUGACCCCAUAACCAAGGAAUACAAGAAGGUGUAUACAGGAUGGUGGAAAAAUGACCGAAAAUGCGGCUACGGGGCAACGUUUUACCCUGUUGGGGAGCGCUACGAGGGUGAGUGGAGCGAUGGGCUGCGGAGCGGCUGGGGACGGAUGUACUACCGGGACGGCUCCAUCUACGAGGGGCAGUGGCUGGAGGACCAGCCCGACGGGCAGGGAAUGCUGCGGCUCUCAAAUGAAAAUCGGUAUGAAGGAGGUUGGAAAGAUGGAAAGAAGCAUGGCCCAGGGAAAUUUUUCUACUUGGAUAAGGGACAGCUGUUUGAAGGUAUCUGGGCAGCAGAUAUACCAAAAUGCGGAAUUCUCAUUGACUUUGGCAGAGAUGAAGCUCCUGCCCCUACUCAGUAUCCAAUCCCAAAGAUUGAACUAGCUGAUCCAGAUGGUGUUUUAGCAGAGGCCCAGGCGAUGUUUGAUGACAGCCAAAAUUAA